CACACUUAUACAGUAACUGUCGUAUAACAAGGACGAAAAGCAGAAAAUAGGUCCGAUUUUGUACGUUUUCAUUCGAUAAAAGUCAAUUCCAGUUAUUAUUCGGGCGGUUACUGUGCUGUAGUGGUGUGCCAGUGCGUUUCACCCUGCUGCAAAAUUCAGGUCAUGAAACGUACACGACGCUACAAAUUCUUGCAAGUGUCAGUCUUCUUCGUGAUAUACUCAGUAAUUACAGUGUGUUCCAAGGAUGUUGAAACGAAAUCCGAUGCAGCUUCCAAGACUGAAACAAUUAAAUCAACAGCUUCCACCGUACGACCGACAGCACCCACAAAUGGUGAACCGACAAAGCCGACAAGUGCACUACCGACGACUAGACCCACUUUCAGGCCCAAACGCAACUGCACGCCGCCGGCGAUUGAGCAGUUUCCGAAACCUUUGAUGGGCCCGUGGGCGCGGGAGCAUGGUGGAAUAAUUAUACAUAUCCUGGUGGCCAUUUAUACAUUUUUAGGUCUAUCAAUUGUGUGUGAUGAGUACUUUGUAGCUUCGUUGGAUCGAAUUUGCGAAGAAUUAAAGCUGUCACCGGAUGUUGCCGGCGCUACCUUUAUGGCCGCGGGAAGCUCUGCUCCAGAAUUGGCAACUGUCGUUAUUGGAGUUUUCUUCGCCAAGGAUGACAUAGGAGUGUCUGGUGUCAUCGGAUCGGCUGUUUUUAAUAUAAUGUUCGUUAUAUCAGUCUGUGCUUUAUCCGCUGGCACUGUGUGCUACUUGAACUGGUGGCCACUAGUUAGAGAUUGCUUCUUUUACGGCGUGUCAAUUCUUGUGAUGUUAUUUACUAUAUACGAUGAAUUUAUUACAUGGAGCGAAUCACUCUUCAUGCUAUUUAUGUACAUAGUAUACUGUGUCGUCUUGCACUUUAAUGGCCCGUUAGAAAGAUGGGCGCAGACUCUUCCAGUUCCUUGCAAGAAAGUCGCUCCCGACGAAGAAUCGGGAUUAGUUAGCUAUAAAACGUUGGACGAAGAAAAAAAGCGAGCAACUUACGGAAGUAGUCCCGAUGGUACCACCGCCAACGCCGAACAAGAUUUUGGUGGUAAGAUGAGCGGACCCGCGCUGAAUCAAGGUUUCGUGGCGUCACCUUCGGUAGGUCCUACGGUCAUUCAACAAACCUACUACAAACCGAAGGACUAUAAUGCGGCGGAACGUCGUGAUCCACUCGUUAGGCCAGAAGACCCUAGGUUUCUUGUGCAGGCACCGUGGGCGAUAGUGUUUCCGAUUCAUUUCAUGUGCAAAAAAACCACCCCGGAUUGCCGAACGGAGAAGUACAAGAAUUGGUAUCCAUUCACCUUCCUUGUUUCAAUGAUUUGGAUUUCUUUCUAUUCGUACUUCAUGGUGUGGAUGAUCACAAUUAUCGGCACCACUUUGGGUAUACCAGAUACUGUGAUGGGCUUGACGUUUGUGGCCGCGGGCGUAUCUGUCCCAGAUGCGUUAUCAAGCAUCGCCGUUAUAAAAGAAGGGUAUGGAGAUAUGGCGGUCUCCAACGCAGUUGGUUCAAAUGUCUUUGACAUUUUGAUUUGUUUGGGUCUUCCUUGGUUUAUACAAACUGCUAUAAUCAAACCAGGUUCACAUGUCAAUGUGAUAAGUAAAGGUUUAACAUAUUCGACUCUUUCGUUACUCUCUACGGUAGUUUUUCUAAUAGUAGCGACGCACAUGAAUGGUUGGAAGCUGGAUAGAAAAUACGGCAUAAUUCUAAUGGUGUGGUACCUAUUUUUUAUAACAUUUGCAAGUUUAUACGAACUGAAUGUGUUUGGCCAACUAAACCCGCCGGAAUGCCCAAGCACCUAUUAAAUUGGCCAUAUCGUUGUUAACGCACCAAAUCGUGAAUUUGUUAUACGCAAUGCUCAAAAUGUAUCAAAACAAGAGAAAUAGCCGCUGUACCGUAAAGUAUUAUUGAAAUAGAUCAAUUAAUAAUGUUUAUUGUUAUAAAUGAGUACAUUAAAUGUUAGAUGGUAGAAAUUAGCCGUCCCUAGAGUUUCAAAAACCUAUAUUUGUAAAAAUAUUUUAUAAAAAGAAUUAAAAAAAAGGUCGGCUUAAUAAAUGUUCUUGAAAAUUAGCUGUAAUAAGCGCUUACAUGUUACAUCGAAAGAAAAAAAAGUAUUUUUAUUAACCCAAUAUCUUUGUGGAAUCCAGCAUUCUUUAACGUGUACCAAAUUUCGUGUAUCUGUGAUUUUUUGUUCAAUUGUAGGUAGUCAUUUUAUGUUCCUAAGGAUAAAUUAAUUAGAGAAACGUAAGACAAUAAAAUAUCGCCUUAUCUAUAUAGUAUUAUGAAAUAGUGUUAAAUGCGUUAGGUUCAGGAUUUAGUAGAUGCCCCCCGGUGGAAAUUGGAACAAAAACGAAUUUCGGUUUCCUGAUCCGUUUGUGCUCCAUGCUUGUUAUCUUAUUUCGUAAAAUUGUACAAAUAUUUAAGGAGGCAUUUUGUAUUUGGUUUUUACAAAACGUUAAAAUACCUCGUAGUGUUCGGAAACUGCUUUACAGGUCUGGUUCGUUUUACAAUUUAAGCAAGUGUUUUUAUACCAGUAAGUAAUUAUCCAACGAAUGGCACUUGUUCUGGUUACGUAGAAGUAGUUCCCACCAGGAACGGUAAAAUGCCAAGCUUGGCCCUUUUGAUGGGCGCUUUACGAGUAGGCAAUCGUCAAGACCAUAAUCUUAACAAAGGCUAGUCAAGUUUAAAAUAAUGUUAAAUAAGAAGCAGGUUAUAGAAUUUGCAAAAUAAGUUAAGUCACAUAUUCAAAGCAUUAAGUGUGAUUUACCGUAGUUCACCACAUGCACCUUUCCUUUCAAAAAGCUUUGUGGAUAAUGUUAACGCUUAUUUCGAAACAUUUCUAGAUGUUAGUAAUCUUCUUCUAUCGCUCUUCUUCCCACUAAUGGUAUGUUAGAUGUUAAUCUCAGUUCACGAUUUUCUACACCUGCCCUUGAAUGUUCGUGAGCUGAAUUAAAGCAAAUGUUAUACACAAACAUGUAAAUUAAUGGUUAGAUUAAAUAAACGUACCGAGCACUGUCAAAAAUAAUUAUAUUACUGUACUGCACUAACAGGUCAGUGUUGAAUUGUAAUCUACCCUAUGUUAUUUAAUAAAAAUUUAUCAAAAG